AUGUUUCAAGAAAUUGAAAUUUUAAUUUUUGGUCAACUUAAAAUUGAAAUUGUUUUUGUUAUUCAAUUGAAAGUAGGUUAAUUAAUUACAAUCAAUUUUGAAAGAAAAGUUUCCUCAAAAAUUAGCCGCAAUCUUUCAAGCCACGCCCCCUUUUUCUAGGCUCCGCCCACUUUUUGUUUCUUUUUUUUUGCUUUGAUGAAAAAGAAAUUUGAGAGCUUUUAUAUUGAAAUGUGUGAUUUUUUUUGUUUAUAAUUUUUUGGAGAAACGAGAGAGGUUCAAUUUUUAGUAUAGUUUCUCAUUUUAGUUGUAAAGAGAUAGUUGUAGCCAAACAAAACAUGCAAUUUUCCCUAACUCAUAGAAGAACCUAACCCGACCUGAAUUAUCACUUCUUUUUUUUUCUUUCGCUAUUUGUAUAUUUGUUGCUCAACUCCUCGUUUUUGCUCAUUAAGUGGCGCAGAAAAGGCUUAUCAUCUUCAUUUUUGCUUUUUGUGUAUUUGACCAACCGGUUUUUUUUCUUGUGCUCGAAAUUUUUUUUUCUUUUGAAUUUUGAGAUGCUCAUGUUUUUAUUUUUCAUAUAAAAUUCUAAUUCGAGGAAGACUAGAAAAAAUCUUCCGAUUCAAAAAUCAAAGAAAACCAAGCCUAAUCAACCCGACCUGGUUGUCUCAAUCCCCUGAGCUCGAUUCUAAAUCUCCCGUCUAUUUUUUUGACAAUUUAUUUUUUGAAAAGCAAGUAAAAUAGAGUCAUGUCAUGUCACUUACCAAAAAUAUUAAAUUUCCUUCAAGACGACACAUUGUUUUACUUUUCUUUUCUCCUUUUUUUACAUCUGUUUUGCAUUUUUGAAAAGAGAAAAGAUUUAUUUUUAAAAUAUUUUGACAUGACUAUAGCUAGCUAAGAAUACGGUAGCUUAGAAGUCUCUCACACUUUAUUUGUUUACCCAAUUUUUUAAUUUAAUUUAAUUAAAUCAAAAAAGAGGACAGCUCUUAGAGCUCUUUUUAGUGCUCAAAAUUAAUAACAAAUGUUUUGGUCAGAUGUUCUGAUUUUCCCCCCAAAACAUCUCAAAUUUCUCUGCGAGCACUUUUCUUCCUACAAAUUUUAAUUGCUCUUUUUUCUUGCUCCCCUGAGCUCUUUUCCCUUUUUCUUCCUGAAGCAAUAAUUAUGUAACUAACUAUCGAACUACAUAAUUAUUCCCAAGAUUUUCUCCUUUUCUUUUUUUUCAACCAGAAAAAAUUUGAAAUUCUAAUUUUUUUCGAAACACAAUUGUCUUUUAUUUACUUUUUUGGUUUUUUCGUAUCGUUUUUUUUCGUGGCCAAAUCAUCCAAUUUCCAGUCAAUUUCCGUAGUUUUUUCAGAGAAGAUUGGCAAUAAAAUUGUUGAGUUUGGAGCAAACAAUUUCCCACACUCGAGCACAAAUCCGGAUUUUUUGGAGGAGACGAAGAAGGUUUUAGACGUUUUUUUCAGUGAGCUUUUGUCUUGAAACUUUUUUUCAUUUGGGAAUUUUAGGUGGGAAAAAUCCACGUUUUUUUGAGACCGGAAAUCAAUAUUUUUGAAGAAUUUGGGGUUUGGGAGAAAAUUUGGAAGAAGAUUUCUUGAUUUUUUGAAUUUAAUUUAGAAAUUCGAAAUACCUGCUUUUAAAUUUUCAAAAAAAAAAUUAACUGGGGCCAAAAUUCACCACUUCUUUGUUAAUUUCACAAAGUCAAAUUUUAUCGCUAUUUUAUUUUAUUCCAAACACAAUCCAAGUCACUAGUCCAGUCUGGUAAUAAAAAGUAUGUAGUAUUCUUGAACACCUGUUCAAUUCUUUCAAAAUACAAUUUUUAUAGUUUUCUUCUUUUUCUUCUUUCUCUGUUUUGUGCUAGUUUUGCCCUUUUCUCUUCCUGUUUCCACAGAUGUUUUUAUUAUUUAUGACACGCUCUUCGACACCUAUAAAAUGUUGUAAAUCAUAUAUUAGUGGGGGAUUUUUCGGCUUGGUGAAGUUUGGGGAGACGAAGUUGAGCAUUUUAUUCGAAUUACGAAACCUAGCUAUUUCUUUUAGAACUUUUGAAAAAUGAAAAUCCAGAUUUGGUCCAAUUUUUCAAAGUCUGAAAUUUUUUGGAAUUGAUUUUUUUAGGUAAAUUUCAUUUUUUCCCGGAAAUUAAAUUUUUCUGAUGUGAUGAAUAUUUUGAAACUAAAAAUUCUGAGAAACGCCUCUCCCUAAGAAAUUCUUAACCCUAAAAUCCGCCUAAUCCAAAUAUCCCUCUUCAACUUUUUUUGUCUCAAUGACCAGGUGUUCAUUUUUUAUUCCUCUUCAUUUCCUUUUUUUCUACUAAAUCCAGUCGGCUUUUUCGAUCCUAAUUAUUACCCAAUAUAUACAUUUUGUCCAUCUUUUUUUUGACCAAAAACAUGUAUAAUUAAAAAAAGCAUCUUUGUUGUUUUUACAACAAGAAAAAGUGAGAAAAGGCCAAAAGUGAUCGGAUUUCUUGGAUUUUUUUCGAGGAAGAAAGAAAGAGUUUCAAGUUUCUUGGAGAAAAAAAUGAAAAAAAAACGUUUUUUUUUCGAGAGUUGAGCGAUGCUUUUGCUCAACUAAUAAUGAGAAUAAUCAUAAAGACAAACACUUGAGAAUAUUUGAAUAAUUUGCUGCUAUACUUGUUUAUUGGUAACUACCAAGUUUCUCACAUUUUUCAACACAAAUCCCGGGAAAAUUUUUGGAUUCUCUUGGGCUACUGUAGAAACCAAUUUUUGAAAUUUCGAAUUUCUCUCAGGAUUAAAAUUUCCUAAAUUUCUGGAAGUAAGACUCUCGAUUUCAAACUUUUUAGAGCCUUGAACAUCCUACAGAUCCUCGGUAUAAUUUUUGAGUUACGGUAACCAGAUCUUUAGACAUUCUAGAAAGUAAAUACAGUAACCCCGUAUUUUUUCCACGUGGAUUUGUAUCUUUAAAAUUUUUGGGUUCCUGAUAUUUUUCCUGUAAAACCCUGUUUUAGUAUUUUUGGAUUGUUCCUUUAGUGUUUCCGGGGUACUGUAAAUCUUGCAGUUCUUUUCUUUUGGGUUACUGUGCUAACUUCGAAUUCUUCAAAGUUGCCUUCAAGAAUUUCUAGAAAAAUAUCUUUGAUCUACCUGAAAAUAAUCUCGAGAUACUGUACUUCAAAGGAGCAUUAUCCAAACUUGACCCAUUAUCUCUACCAAAACUCCAAAAAACUUGUUAAUCUGUCCGAUUCAUCUCUUCAUUCAUUACACCAACCAAUUUGUUGUGCAAAUAGUUUGUUUUUUUCUCGUCGGCUCGUUUUUUAAGGUAACCAAUACCUAUUCUUUCUCAUCUAUCGAUGUAUUGACAUUUAUGAUGGAUGAGCAUCAGAAAAAAAUGGAUGUAAAGGGGGAAAAGGAAAGGAAAGGAAAGGUGGUGGUAUAAUUGUUGUAAGAUGAUGCGCAGAAGAAGAAGUAGAGAAGGCGGCACAUUUUAUUUGAUGUUUGUGUCAACUUGAAACUGACCCUCUUCCUCCUACAUUUUUUUAUUCUUAUAGGUAACCAGAUAUUGGAUAUUUUUAUUUGAUGAGAAGACAUUUAUACCUUCCCCCCAUUUUGUUGAUGACUAAUUUGUUAAUUUUUUUGAGUUUUGAGAAUUGCUUUUCUGAGGACACUGUAGAAAAAUACUGUAGUUCUGUGAUUUUUCAUUAUUUUGUCACCCAAACUUGGGAUACUGUAAUUCUGUAUGCGAGAUAUAUUUACUUUUUAAAAUUAAAAAGUUCGGGCUAUUUUAGCGUUUCAAAAUUCUUACAGUACUUAGAAUUGAAGAUUACUGUAGCUCAAAUUUUCUUCGGAAAAUCAAUAAUUACUGUAGGUCUAUUUUUGAUAAUCUGAAAUUUCAGCGUGUUGUUUGGCUUAAAGUUUUCUAGAUUAUUGUCGGAAAAUCAAAAUUCCUACAGUAAAUUUUAUUUUGACGCGAAAAGCCACGACUUCAGUGCUCCUUUAGAGCAAAUUACCGUACCUAAAAAACGGAGCUCUGAAAUUCUCACUGUAACAAUUCGCAAUCCAAAUUUUUUGAAUAGAACAAUUUUUCCCAGCAAGAGCAAAUUUUAGCUCAAGAAUCCACGUAUCCAGACUCCUAGUAGAGUCUAGUUCCAGAAUCCAGCUUUUCCAAAGUCUCAUGUCUACCCUUUUUCAAAUUCUUUCCCAAACCCACCGGAAUCAUGCACCUGUUGUUUUCCCAAAUUUAGCCCAAACCCUAAUAAAUUUUCAAAAAACAUCAUAAAAUAUGUUUUAUGAUACACCUUAUAAGGUCCCCCCUGCUAAUAUUUAUUUGUUUUUCAUAAUAUCUACCUUUCUGUUCCCCGGAUAUUAUUAUUUUUUAUUAUUAUUUGAUAUCUAAAUAUCUAUUUAGUGCAAAAAUUGUCAUAAAUACAGUAAUCUCUUUUUUUUCUGAAGAAUUUGUACAUAAUUUGAAUAGGCUCAAGUGCAUUUCCACUUGAUUCAAGAGGAACAAAAAAAAGUGCGCGCCGAAAAAAAAGAUGAAGAAGAAGAUACUGAUUUCUUCUUCAUCAUCUUCAGUGCAUUAUUAUUCCUAGUAUUUAUUUAUUUUUCAUUAGCACCUUUUUGCUGAUUUUUAGCACCAUUGUGAAAAAUGUUCACCAUUUCCUUUUUUUCUGGGGAAGGCUAGGGUAUAUUUAUUUGCGUAAAAGAGUAACCGCUUCCGGUGGUCCGGAACUACGCAUAAUUUGAAAUUCAGUGCGCUGUUUUACAUAUGUUCUACACUCAUUUUUGGUUGGUUAUUUGAGUUAUCCGCUGUAGUUCGGGCGGAUAAGAAUUUUGGAGAAUUUUUUUGAAGUUCUAAUAAAUUCUGUCCAGAGGGAUAAGAUUUCUGAAUUUUCCAAACAUUUUCUAAUUAUGUUUUUUGAUUUCUGAAAUUUUUAAAAUUUGAAAAUACCUAGCUCACAUGAAAAAUGAUCCUAAAUAUUUUUCUGGUGAAUAUUUUUUUGAAUAUCUAGGAAAUUGUGUUUCUCACAGAACAAAAACUAUUCUGAAAUCCUGAAUUUUCUGUGUGAUUUUUCGUAAAAUUUUUAGGAUUCUUAGAACUCAGCUUCUUCUCCCAUUUUUUUUUCAAAAAAAUUCACUUUUUUUGGCAACUUUCCAAAAUUUUAGAUUCUUUCCCAAAAAUCCAAAUUGUUCACACCUUAUUUUUGUAGUUCUCUUGAACUACAUUUUCUUCUUCUAAAUAAUUAUUUCUUAAAAAUGCUCAUUUUCGCGCAUCCUGAUUUCCCAAAUCCAUGUCUAAAUCCGCCUUAUUCCUUUCCUUCCUUUUACAGAAAACCGCUAAUCUAUGUGUAUUUUUUCCGAUUUCUCACCUGUCCCUUUAAUUCUUCCCCCUUUCAUUUCUUUAGCCACGCCCCCUUUUUUGUCUGUUAUUUUUUCCAAUGUUUUUUUUUGUCUGAUGUGUUGACCAACCUGAUCAGAUCUCAAUUUGUGUUUGUUUCUUUCAAGGUUAUUUUAUUCUCAUUUAUUAGCAAGUUUCGUUCCAAAAACGAAACCUCAUUAAUUUUUUUGGGCCAUUCCUCUUCUCAUUUAAUGUAUUCCACACUAAUGCACUCAUCAUCAAUUUUUUAUAUUUUUUGUGCCCCGUUUUUUUCUCGCUAGAACUUUUUUCCUUAUGUAGAUAUCUAAAGUGUAUGUUUUGUUUUUCAGAGAUGCUCAUUUUUUGCACCCUGAUUGGCGUAGUUUUGGGCGAACAAUUUUGGCUUUCGGCUGAAGUUAAUUCGAUUGAUUGGAGAGAAGGAUGUUUAACAACCGCGCUUUGCAGUCAACCAAGAUUUCAGGUAAGAAUUUGAAAAAAAAACAAAAAAGAUUGCAUCGACCGGGAAUCGAACCCGGGCCGCCCGCGUGGCAGGCGAGCAUUCUACCACUGAACCACCGAUGCUUGUGAAAAACCGAUGAAAAUUUUAUUGACAAUUUCGUUGUCUAUUUUUUUCGCGGGGACUAGAACACUUGGAUUCCUAGGCCAUAUUUUCAUUUUUACAGCUUGUCAAAGAUCUUUUGCCAGUCAAUGAACGCGUUUCGGUGAAUUGGCCAAUCAGUGAACAUUUUGUCAAGGUAGGUUAUAAUUAAAAAUAAUUCCAAAAAGGGCUCCGAUUUCCUAUAUAAUCCUCUUUGUCUCUUCUAUUUUCACACUUACCUGUCACAUGUUACGCAAUCCCUUCAAUUAGCAGACAAUAAUCGGCAAACAUCAAAAAGCCAAAUAAAUUACGUAAUAUAUUUAUAUUUUUGUCAGGACUCAAUUCAUCCAUUUGUCACUUAUUGGCCUUCUGGAAAAUUGGAAGAUAUUUCAUUAUCUGCGCAAGUUGUUGGAAUUGACAGAACUUAUGGUUUUCCAAGAAUUUGUGAUCAAACUCCAUCGAUUCGAAUGUUCCCCGAAGAACAGAAAAUUAAGGUUUGUCAAUUUUUUUGGUGGGGAAAAGAAAAAUUCAUAGAUAGAUCAUAUUUUUGAUGGGCUCAUAAUUGGAUGUUAUCUUGAUGUUCACACCUGUUUAAGAAUUUAAGUUAAGAAGUUAAGUACAUUAAGAUUUUUAUCUAGAUUGACUGAUGGGUUUUUGAGCUAGAUUAUAAGAUUUCUGAAAACUAAGUGUGAUCUACAGUAACCAGAGUUCGCAAAAUGUCUUGAAAUUGUUACUUAAUAUCCAAAUUCUCAAAUAACCACAAAUCCUUCUAAUAUCAAUAUUUUUUCAGGUUCUUCACCAUCAUAAAGAUCAUCUUCCAACCACUGAAUCUCCAAAUCCUCCACCACAUCCUGAUGAUUCGCUUCUUCUCAAUAUCAAAGGAAAAUGUUUCAAUGCCACUUUAAUUAUCACAAAACACACUGAAAGAUGUCCGUGGUGUCCAGAUCCAAAAGAUAUUUCAAUUAUAAAUCAAGAAAUUGGAAGUGAUCCAAAUGCUUUGAAAACUGCAUCAAUUUAUUCGAUUUUUUCGGAUGAACGAAUGGUUCAUUUAGGAGUAUUGAUAUUGGCUGUAAUUGCAGUUAUUUCAUCCACAGCAUUUGCAAUUGUUUUGGUUAUGUUUUUGAGAAAUAAAAGAAAAAUGAAUGAGAAAAAGAAUAAGAAGAAUCCAAGAUUUCAUCCUUAUAUAAGUGUAAAAGGACAUGAAAUGAUUGAAGAUAAUAAUCGAUAUGAUAUGCCUUGGGAACAACAUAACAAACCAUUGACUUAUUGGAUGACAUCUUCAAAUAAAUCUGAUUCAACAAUGACGUCACCAUUAGAUUCAGCUUCUUCUCUUGGACAACAUCAAAAUGAAUUAUAUCAUUCUGCAUAUACAACUCGAGAUGGAUAUCAAACUUAUCAUCGACCACCUCCACCAAUGUUUCCACCACCACAAACUCAACUUUUCACAUCUUCCAAUCGACCAAGAGGAAUUACAUCGCCAAUUUCAAAUGAUGAUUCAGGACUCGAAUCAGUCUAA